GUAAUUCCAGACGAUAAACUGCCAAUCAUUCUUGCUAUCGUCAUACCUAUUAUUGUGCUUGCUGUCUUUGCUGGAGUCUUUGCUUGGUGGAUGUGGAGGAGAAAUAAGGACAAGAAGAUGGCGAACAAGGGUAAUUAUAUAAAGUUAUAUAACUAAAGAAAUUUGUUCGAGCCCUCUGUGCUCAAUGUGCAAAACAAGCAGUAGAGGCGAAAUUUUUGGGAGGGUUUCGUACAAACCGCUACAUUAUAUUACGUACGACAUUGAAAUUUGAUAAAGUGUGUUUAUCGAAUGUAAUGACCUUUGUAGAUACGUAUUAUUAUGUAUGGGGCUGUAUGGAUAUAUCACCAAAAUUUAUUUCUAUUAAUUCUUAAAGCACUGCUAAGUAAUUAUAGACUUCGCUGUUAUUUAAGCAAUAGACCACACUUUCUAUGGGUUUACCAUCGUGAUAACCCACGCGGGAUGUUAGGAGAACAUGAGAAAAGCUUUUAGUAUAACGGAGUCUUUUAGGUAAAAAAUGUGGUUUUAGUACCGUGAUCAAGUCAUGUCUUCUCUCUAAAGUCAUCAUAAGCCAAUCAUGUCUCAAAACUCAGUUGAGUGUCAGUUCAGUCAAACAACAAACAGCAGCACUUCAAAACACGAGUUUUUGCAAUUAUUACAUGACAACUUAUGAAAGCUGUAUUAUAGGAAAAGUCAGCGCAUAUUCAUGCGAACGUACAGUGAAAGAAUACGUUCAUGGUUUGUUUACUACAGAUGUAGAAAAUUGAACAUCAAACUGUAGGCAGCUGUAUUUUGUUGAGUCGAUCCAUAAAAAUUUCGUGCUUACAGACGGAACUGGCAGCUAUUGUAAUGGAGGAGUUCAUUCACUUUUUACAAGCUGCGGUGUGCAUGGUUUAAGAUCUGUUUCUGGACUUUAUCAUGAUCAAGAAAUGCUGCGGUAGCGACAUGGCUGCUUUUGCGAAGUUGUCACAUGUAACUUGUGUACGUACAGCGACCGAUGGAAAUAUGUCAGUGGUAGCUCUAAAUUUGGAGAAAGGUUUCUUAGCCGUAGCCACAUAUUGGCGUCAAUAUUUGUCGAUUUGUGAAGUCAGGUGGUUUGAAGCAGGUUAUGGCAUCGAUAUAACCGAAUAAUUUAUGCAAUUGUUGGAAAAAAACACCGCGAAACUCUGACAUCUUUCAUCAUCGUUUACAGCUUGUGUACUACCUGCAGCGGCCGAUUUUGUACCAUAACUUGAUUAGACAUCUCUUUUUGGAACAAUUUCUUUCAUUCAGGAGUUUAAUUUUGACAUAAAAUAAAUCAAGAAUGCUAAUAAAAACUAUCCGUUUUGUUGCUGGUUGGCACAUGGUAAAGUUUUCCUAGAGACUUUCUACGCCAGAAAUUCACACAGUUGUUGUCUUUCUCUGCGAUUUGGCAUCGUCGUGAAAUGUAAACUGCUUUCCAGCUGUGUACUUUAUAACUUUUAAAGCUAAUGCAGUAGCGAAUUGUGACGCUCUGUAAUAAAAUGUGGAAACCAACGGUUUUUAAUAGUAAGAAGGGCUGGGUAAGUAACUUGUUCUGUUUUUUAGCCUCUCUAAAAUCAUUGUUUUCUGUAGCCUGAAAUUCAUCCGAUUGCUUUGAGUCGUUUUCUCCUCCCAGCAACGUCGUUACUGAGGGAGUAAUCACGACUCGAACUAAUCGGAUGAAAUUCAGGUUAUGUUUUCUGAUCAAUAGCUGGUUUUGUUUAUGGCUCGUGGUCCGGAUGCCUUUUUCUAUGGGUUUACCGGUAUAAAAAAAACCAUAGGUUUUUGACCAAUCAGAUCGCGCGUACCAUCUCAGUUAUUUUAUGAAAGUUGUUAAAUUUUAAGAAUAAAAUGUCUAGACUGUCAAACUAACAAAACAGUGAACAUCUGAUAUAUUGGAAAACUGUUUGUUGUGAUGGCGACCAAUCACAGCAUGGAUCAGGACACACGUGCAAGCCACAGUAAAGCACAGGAAGCCCUGGCUUUUUGGUCAAUUUGUCCAAAGUAUUUUUUUGCAGACUUUUGGAAUGUUAUGGAGGACAUCUUGCUGAACCGAAAACCGUUAAAAAACGUUAUUUUGCAAAGAAAAAAAAAAACAAAACAAAACAGAACAAGAAAGAAAGGGAUGAAAAGAAAAAUGCCAAGUUGAUCUGUUGUGGCAACGCCCGGCUGGACUUAUGGCAAAUUUUUAUCUUUCUUAUCAUAUAAAUCUGACCUGACCGUUUUCCGAUAUCUUUAGCGACGGAAUCAAUGGUCAAACAUGAAAAGUAUUCCUCUCACCAAUAAAUAUCCAGUCGAGCUACCUUAACUAACGGCGUUGUUACUUUAACACCCUGCUAAGUUUAACCUUUUAAUUCUCUUAUAGGGAUAGCAAAAGGAAGAAGGUAAUCUCAUGUGUUGGUGGUAGCUUCAGUAUUGGCAAAUAGUCCUGUGAUUUAUCCGGCAAAAAUAAGAUAUUUAAAUAACUAGUGCUCUUCCAGGCAUCGUUGCCUUGGAGCAAUGUUAAGUUAUUUGAUAAGUUUUUUUCAUUUCGAAUUUUUUAGCAUCGUUAUGUUGCCUUUGAAUUAUUUGCUUAAUGCUCGUUAUACCUUAAAAGGACAAAAGGGGACAAGAUGUGUGAAUAGUUUUAUUUCCAAAAAUGACGCCAACUGGGAUCACUCAUUUUUUAAAAAAGAGAACGAACGUGCAUACAUUUAUUCUAAUUUGCUGUCUUUCUUAACUAUUUCAGGCUGUAUACUACUACAUGUGAAAAAACAGGAGAAUUCAAUGUACGUUUCAUGUCAAUAAUAUAGCUAAGAAAAAUAAUACAUCAUAGACGCAGUGCAAAAAUAUAUGGGUCAUGUAGCAGCUGCUCUGAAGAGAAGUCACCAAUGGUGCGUGUUCCUGGCCCAAAAAAAAACCUUAAAAACAUUCAAAGAAUGACAGGUCAUUGUUUCCGGCGAGCAAUUAGGAGAGACCUUACGAGUUACGAGCAAAAAUGGCUGCUCGAUAAAGAACAAUGUUAGAAUUGCUAAUUUGAAUAUGAACAAAAGAAUAUGAAACUAAUGUGGCCAUUUUGACAUUGGGGCUAUAAAGCGGCAGUUAAUUUCAACAUUGUUUCCCGUAAUUUCAAUGCAGCAUAUGUGCAUUUUUUAUAAAGAUGGCUAGAUAUCAGCCAAGUUUCCGUUUUUGCGGGAAAUCUUUUCUUGAAGCACCAAGGCCCGUAAUCCUAAAAGUACAUGUAGCAUAGUAGGAAUGUGUAACUCCGUUCUUUAGGAGGUAAAUUAAUCUCAUUAACGAAUACAUGUACAUUAACGUCGAUCAUCUCAUAGCUUUUUGAUUUUGUCUCUUGCAUAAAAAUCGGUGGAAUCCCUUAUAUCUUUAUUCUAGUCUGUCUAGUCUGCUGAUAGAAGAUUGUUAAAAAGUGGUUUCCAAUGUUUCGUGUGUGAUAAUGCUCCUCAAUCGUGACACCAAAGAAAGCCCUCUUUCAUGUAAUUUCUCUUAUCGAGGAUCUGGUGUGUGUACGAUCACAUGUAGGGCAAAUCUUGUAAUCAUUCGGAUGCGUACAAGUUAGAAUUCACAUGGAGUUUAAGAGUGAAAGAUGGUCGUCCUUUCAGAGCAACCACUCUCUUGGGUUUCCUUGGCUUUACUGCAAUUUGCAGAAGCCAUCUCUUCUGCCUGAUCUUCUUCUCUAUACGAUGAACUAUCCUCAUCUAUCUUCCUCUCGGAGGUUUAUCCUCCAUUUCGAAAACCUUCUUUCUUUUCUAUCAAUAACUUCGACACCUUUGGUUUUUAAUAAAACGCUAUGGACUCCCUAACCAAGCUCCGCAAGUCCUUAAAGAAACAUACUCAGGGCACGGGGUCUGGUUUAUACGGCAUCGAUUUCCAGAAAAAGUUCAACAUUUACCUUGCUCAGCCAUGUUUACCAGGGGAAUUAUGUUUGUUUCGACUUAAAAUUGUGGGUGGGGAAUCCGGAACUAAAUAUCUCUUUACACAGCCACGCUAUCUAAGAAAUCGGAAUGCUCCGCUUGCGAAGAUAAUUUAAAAUAUCUUAAUUCGUGGUUUUAAUCCUCACUUUCAGCAUCAGAAGUUAGUCAGCGUUUUUAUUUUCAGUGUCGAGUUCUUCGUCAACCAAAUCUCUCUUUCUUUUCAUCUCUGUCCGUACCCAUGCCCUGGAAGGUUAGCUUCGUAUUAGCAACUGAGCUCUUUUUCCUCGGCUAUAGCGUCAGCCUAAGCUUGUAACAACGGGGACCAUUAAGUCUUGAAUUAAACCAUGUGUCUAAUUGUACAAGGAUCUGUUGAUUUGCUAUGCAAGGCACAUUUUUUGUUUAAUUGGCUUCUUGGUCUACUAGAGCAUCUAUAAAUGACAUUUAUUUCUGCUUAUUUUCUGCUGCUAAUUAAAGGAAAUGUACUUUAUGAUAAGUGAAUUUUGUGAGACUUGGGACUAAUGCACGAAUUAUUUUUCCUGAGAUAAAGAAAAAAAGUUACGAUAUCUUGUGUUGGCGUAUCAUUCGUCAUUUUUUGAGAUUUCUCCCCAAAAACGCGGUGAAAACACCCCUACUCCUGAGAUGGCCUCAACUCGCCCGCUUUGGGUAGAACGUGUUUCAUUUGGACAGAUCUGGGUGCUAGGCAUGUAGUAAAUCAUAAUUAGGUUCUGUAGACUAAGCCAGGUUAAUUGAAAGAGGCGGUCCUUUUUCUUUAAGUUAUUUUUUUUACUUGAAUGUUGUGCAGACAACAACCUAGCCUGCGAACUUCGCUCUUCGACGCUGGGGACGUUUCGCGAGGAGGAACGUCUGCGACUCAGCGGUAGAAAUUCCAUACUGAUGACGUAAAUCAAUGUUUACAUAAUAAAUCCGGUAAAUGACUGCCAUUUCAGUCGUUUCCCUUUAUAAUUUUAAAUAUUAGGCAUACAUUUGCAUGGUUUGUGCUAAUCACUAAAGAAGCAUGAUAGUUUCUCUCGUCUACCUUUGGUGCCAAGCGCAUAUGGCUAGAAAGUACUAUGGAUUCCACGAUGUGCCGCGUCUCUUUACAGUAUUCAUGGAUGGCGUCGAAGUGUUGUUAAAUGGAGAUACCUGAUAAACACGUUAAAAACGUAGCAAUAAAUUAAAAAGGUGACCUUAUUCGUGAGGCAAAUGAUUAACGCGAGCGUAACAGUGCAAUAUCUCUGUACAAAAAUUAGAGUUGAAAAGAUUACGAGGUUUGUCGGUUCUGUAAUUGUGGUUAUCGUUUUACAGUUGUUCCUUUGCUUGAUAUUUUGUUCUUUUUUUGUUUUAGUCUUGUUUAAUUUUCGCGUUAGUGAAACCAAAAGAAUGGUACGACUUUCAUAAAAGGUAGAUAUCGACAAAAAAGUUAAGAGUCAAGUUUUGUGGUCUUUUCUCGUUUAUCUAAGGCUGCAGUGCAAGUGGAUAAUCGUGAACCAGAACAAAUUUCCAUGAGACAAAUGACUUCAGAGGUUUCGUCUGGACAUUAUAUGCCACUGGUUAAGGCGCGCCAAUCAUCUGGCUCACCGGAAGUCAUUCCGUCAGUCGACGCUUCAUCAUUAAGCCAGUAUGAACCUUGGAACCCAUCAUCAAUUUCUUACGAGAUUCUUCGCCAGAACGUGAUUAUUGAGAAGAUAAUUGGCAAAGGUGCUUUUGGUCAGGUUGCCAGGGGAAAGGUUAAAGGCCUACGUGAAAGACAACAUGACACACAGGUGGCUGUCAAAAUGUUAAAAGGUACAAGAUAACUUGAUUAAUCACUGUGUAACUAAUAAUGUAAGAAUAGGCUCACUGAAAAAUAAAGGAAUGUAACACAAACGAGGCACAAUGAAAACGCUCGUUACCUCACCUUUCAGCUGCCGCGCCGGAAUCCGACAGGAAGGAUUUGUUAUCAGAGCUUGAAGUGAUGAAGACGUUAAAGCCUCAUCCGCACGUCAUCAAACUUCUGGGAUGCGUCACCGAAUCUGGUAGGUUUUUUUAAUGAAAACUGUCUUUAGUCACCAAUUACUAUGCUGCAAGUAAAGGGUCAUUCCUGUCAUUUCAAUUGUACCUUUUUCAGUCUGAGUCAAGUAUAUUUGUUCGUGAAUGACUAAAUGAAUACGUCGUUUUUUACUCAGAGCCCUUGUUAGUCUUGAUCGAGUACGUUCCAUACGGGGAUCUCCUGGGUUACCUGAGAAAGAGCCGUGGAUUAAACGACACUUAUUUCAAAGACCCAGAUAUCAAACCACAAACAAGUCUGACGUCACAACAGUUGAUGAAGUUUUCUUGGCAAGUUGCUGAUGGAAUGAGUUACCUCUCAUCGAGAGCUGUAAGCUAAAAAAUUUGACUAUUAUGUAUUCAAAGUCUGGUUUAGACUGUCUCCAUUUUACAAAGAAAAAUUAUACGGACUAACAGUGAAGAACAUACUCAGGUCCCCUCACUUUCAGCUACGUUUUGCUUUUGCGUUUUGAUAAACCCCCUCGACAAUGGCGAUUUCAUAAAAUUUAUUUACGGCUGGACUGAUGUGGAUUAAAAUGUAAAGACAUGAAACUGACAGAGCUCUUGUUUGGACAAAUAUAUCCUAUCCAUUUGGUGUCAAGUCUUAAAAAAUAACUUCAAAAUUUCAUGAAAUGUAACAGCAUUAGAGUAAGACAGAAAGAUCCGAACGCCUCAGUACAGGUCCAUGUGACUUGCAAGGUUUUAAGCUCGUGUGAAAUGAAAUCUCACAUUGCAGAUUAUUCAUCGAGACCUUGCCGCUCGAAAUGUUCUGGUUGGAGAAAAUGAAACUUGUAAAGUGACAGACUUUGGAAUGGCAAGAGAUGUGCAAGAACAAAAUAUUUAUGAAAGGAAGACAAAGGUUUGUAUUAUAUUGGAAACAAACCUACAGUAUAGGACUGGCACGCAAUCCUUUCCAUUACCUGUGGAGGAAAAUACGUAAGGUUUUGUUGAUUAUGUCGUUGCUUUCUAGGUUUCAUGCUUUAAGAGUUACUCCCAAAACUAUAGGCCACGAAGUUAAGGCAGUAUGUGUAAAGUUGAUAAAACAUUUGACAAUCCUAAAAAAGCAUAAGAGACUAUUUUGCUGGUCACGAAAACAUGGGAUUAGAUUGCAUACUUCAGGUGUUCGUCCUUUGCCAAGCAUAAAUUUUUAAUUCAGCUGCAUAUAAAAGAAGAUUGCUAACUUUAUACCUGAUGAAAGUCUUAGAGAACGGCAGUUGCAGUGAAACUUUGUUCGGUUUUGUUCUUCCACACUAAGACAGGAAGAAAUUGUAAAAAAGAAAGUUGCGUGUAAACGAAGCCUGAGUUUUAUUUUUGCAGCAACCGAUUAUUUUAAAAAUUUUAAGAUGGCCUCCUGACCUUUUAUUUCGGAGUAUAUUUUUCUACCAACCUUCUUUUUUGCUAAGAUGCAGGGAAGCAAGGAAGUACAUUACUUUUUCAUCAUCUUUCACUUCCUCCUGCUUUUUGCCAAUACGCUAUUCCAUGUUCGUCGUCCAUUUGUCUUAUGGUCAUUUACUUUGCUCAUAUGUAGGGUCGUUUACCAGUGAAGUGGACCGCAUAUGAAGCCCUGCUUUACGGACGAUACACCACCAAGAGCGACGUGUAAGAAAACUUUCUAUAUAUGCAUUAAUAAUUUGGUAUUUGCAGAACAGAAGCUCAUCUCGCGUCACGUGAGAAGAAGAAAGCAUGCAAGACGGUUAAUGUCACUGGGUUAAGCAGCGUUAAUGACGCAAAACUAUCCCUCUCUCAUCUCUAAACUAGAAGUGAAAAAAAUGUGUAUUACGUGUAAAAAAACCGCAGAACCUUUUUAUUUUUAUUUAUUUAAAAUGUAACCGCAGAUAUGUGUCUUUUUGUUUUCAUAGGUGGAGCUAUGGAGUCUUACUUUACGAGAUAUUUACAAUUGGUAAGGUCCUAUAGCUAUUAACUUACUGUGGUUUUUGAAGUUUUUGUUAAAACAGAGAAUGUUCCGAAAGAAGAAAGGUAUUACGUUUUGACAUACUUUAGAGCUCAAGAAUGCAUAUAUUAUUAGUAUAUAUUUGUGUUUUCCGCGCAUAUUGCCAUCGAUAACUUGUUGCCGACGUUAAAACCCCCAGCAGUGCCAAAUGUGAUAAUGGCGAGCAACAAGAGCGCUGACCUCAUAAAUGUCGUAAACAAAAAUCGGGAGUUGGCUGCUUUGCAUGACGGGACGCUGCUUUCUAAACCCAAGGAUUUUGAAAGCCUUUCUUUUAACACAUAUUCGUGACGUUGAGUCAGAUCACUGCUCAAGUAGUUAGUGGUUUAUCUCUGUGUUACGAGGGUAAUCUUUUAGAGGACGGGUAGCUUGCAAACCAAACUGAACGCAGGGUUGUCGGAACAGGAACAAGAAGAUUUAUUUCAAAAAUGAACGUAGUUUCCACGAACUAGAACUCCACAACAGCACGUAACUCGUUAAACUUACACGGCCUCCGCCAACUUCAAUUAACUUGAUAAACUUACACGGCCUCCGCCAACUUGAAUAAACACUGCUUUUGUCACACUUGACUAAACACGACCAACGUCAAACUCUCUUCGCUUGUGAAAACUAGUUAAAACUUCGCUCGGACUCGCCUACUUAUAUACUUUUACAAUAAGAUUCUAGAACUUUCCAAAUAGUCUAAUUAUAGAAAGAUUACAAACUAUACCGCUUUAGAAACGCUUACACAAGAUCCUAAAAUAAACAAACUAUAAACUCGCGAAGCUUCUAGAAAGUCACGCUAGUCAUGCAUUACAAUUUUUCGUAACACUCUGGAAAAUGGUUUAUUGGCUAUAACUUCGGUAAAGAUGAUGGCGCUGAAUCAAAAUUUGGCACACAUAGAGCUCAUCGCCUUUAACAUUUUAUCGCAUAAAUAAUCAGCGUUAAUCAGUCACGUGAUAUAUGACGUCAUCAUUUUACGAAAAAUCGUAAAUUAUUGACCAGUUGGUGGCCGGUUUAAGAGAAGAAAUCGAGCAAUACCAUCUUUCUUAUUCUUAUUAAAUAUUUCUAACACUUCACGUUUGGAAUGACCGUUCAGGAAACUUCAAGAAAAAUUAUGAGAAAAACAUCAUUUUUAAUGUCCAAAUUUAAUCUUCAAUUAUUAAAAACUUGAAUUUCGAACUUUGCACACGUUCAUUCCAAAGGUAGAAAGUGAGGCAUGUUUAUCCUCUUUGAAAGUCAAUUCCACACCAAUUCGCCGUUUUCCCACCGAUUCCCCACCAAUUGGCCAAUUUCCAUAUUUAAACGUUCAGACACAAGAACACCCCAAGAUUUACUUUUGGGGAAAAAUUGUUUUGUUCUAGGUCUCCUAGCGAGAGAUAUUGCCAAUCAUUCAUUCGAACACACCUUUGACCCAGGCCUUAAACACCUUGCGUGAAAGAUUGACUAGUUGAGAAGCUUUUUCAGAUUAUCUUCUGGUUGAAGUGUUUGACGUCCAGUGAGACAAGUGUCUCUCGCUACAGUGCCGAAGUUCGCUGAUAAUUUAAUACUGUCACCUUAUCACAGCAAUUAUUUACACCAUGACUUACAUUGACGGCAGCUUUUAGUUCCCAUGGUGCCCAAAUGAGGCAGAUAAAGAGGCGGGUGUGUAAAUAAAUUGUCCUUACAGUCACUUACAGUUAGUUCCUUCCAUGUUGAGUAAAAACAGCAACAACGACAACAACAAAUUUUGGGAGAACGCAUGCCUUGUAAUAAAGUAUUGUAACAGCUGGUCACUUUCUCCUUUUCAGGGGGUUCUCCAUAUCCACGAAUGGAUGGCAGGAAGAUUGUAAGCUUACUUCAGGACGGAUACAGGAUGCCUAAACCACAACAUGUUGAUGAUGAACUGUAAGUAAUUAUGUCUCCGCUUCAUGGGUUUCGAAACGUUUUAUUCCUAUACUGAGCACCUCUCCCCAUACUAUAAAUAUUUAAUAGGAUCGUUAAGGAUCCUGCGAGGUUUUUCACCAGAGAUGGUUUUGGGAGUCGAAACGCCAGAAUGCUGAGGUCACAAUUUCCAUGUCACAGUUGUAGGUACUAGUCGUGUUCCGGCAAAGGUAUCUUCUAGCCCUGACCACUAUUAGCUUUUAAGGUCUUGUACUUCUUCGAGAGAAAAUUUAGUGAUGAACAUUUAGCCAAACUCCCGAAAAAGUUGGACUUAAAGUUAACUGCAAACUCUUAUUGAAAAUUUCAACCAAGAUGACGACUAUACUUUUCUGAAACUCCUUUUACUCUAAUAGGCCACUUCCGAGGUCCAAAAACUCUCGCUUUCAAAACAAGACUAAGUGCAAAGGCUUAACUGGUAUGGACCGAAAGAAUUGUUGCUCAACAUACCAUGCAUAAUUUUUGUGUUGUGACAGGUACAAAAUAAUGAAACUGUGCUGGCUGGAAGACCCUAAUGCAAGACCUUCUUUUUCUGAACUGACAAUGAAGCUGAAAAAGAUGGAAAACCAACAUAAGGUACGAUUUAAACAAGAAACGUCCUGGACAAUUUUGAGUCUCCCUCAGUUGUCCUCCUUCAAAUUUUUCACCUUCAUUAGCAAGUCUGGAGCUGCAAACCUAGGGUAGCCUUAUAGAUUCUGUCCUCAAAACGUUCUCGUUAUGCUUCGUUGGCAGUCAACUACGACCUCUCGCCAUGCCUGUUUCUUAUAACUAAAUUGAAGAAACAGAAUUGUUAACUGCGUGGAUUGUUUUAUUAGUUACGCGAACAAGCUGCUGGUAAGACAUCAAUGAUUCGCCUGCGUACUUUAUCGUGUGAAAAGUUUUGUAUUUAAGCUAAGAGAAAUAGUCCAACUCUACAGCAUUCGCUUCUAAUAAGAUUACUUAGGUUUGAAAUAUCUUCUAACGCAGGCGUUUUCUUUUUUUUUCUUUUGGCGGUUCACGCAAACAAUUCCUUCUCACUGAGCCAAGGAGACGUCUGCGCAGCAGGCUGUUGUUAUGGCUUGUUAAAUUAUGGUCUGUUUUUUCUUUUUUAUUUGCAGGGGCUAAUAAACAUGAAAUUGUAUGAUAAACAGCUGUAUGCAAACCUUGAAGACUUGACCGUGUAA